AUGAGAUGCAUACAAGGUUCACUUCCAUGGAAGAGCAAAGUGAAUGUUGUCACUGAAGUAAGAGAUCUGAAGGUACUCACCAUGGAUGAUUUAAUUGGAAACCUUCAAGCCUACGAGUUGAACAGGCAACAGGGGUCAACUAUGAAGGAAAGAAAGAAGAAGAAAUCAGUAGCUUUGAAGAUGUCUUUGGAUGAUGGGUCAAAAGAGGAGGAUGACAUGGCAUACCUUACUAGAAGGUUCCAGAAGAUAAUCAAGAAGCAUGGAGUGUUCCAGAAGAAAGGGUUUACCAGCAGAGUAGCAAAUGCAAAUGAUCUUUGCCACAAAUGUGGGAAGCCUGGACAUUUCAUGAGGGAUUAUCGAAGCCAGAAGCAGGAAACUCAGGACUCCAAACCUCGUAGAAGAGACCAGGUCCCAGACUAUGCUAAAAGACAGGCUCACGCUGAUCAAGUAGUGAAGAAAGCCUUUGCAGUCUGA